AGGCUGUGCAGAUUACCAAAAGGCACCAAGAAAAUACUGCACACAAUGAAGACUGUAAGAAAACCCUGAAUGUAUCGGUUCAUGCCUGAGGAUUCCAGAUAGUUUGGUGCUGAAGAAAGCUCAGCAUAUGAGGAUGCUACAGUCCUGAAUGCAGCUGUACCAGGUUUUUUGGCUCUGGAUCUUUUAAUGCAUGUCUUUUGCCUCAAUAACUCAAGAUCCACAAAUACCCUGAAAAAAUGUGCACAGUUAUUAGUAUUAAGUUAUUUUCUUACAUACAUGAUUAUGAACAUAAUGAUGUCACACAGUAAACUAUGUGGCCUGGUAAGUGGAGUAAUUAUUGAUGCUGAUAGAUUUCUGUGUGGUGUAGAUUUAUUUAAGGACAUUUUGAGUCAUGGUAAGUUUGUGUUGCACUGGAGACAACAUUCAUGUUAUAAUUGGAUCUCACAUAAUGUUUAGUUUCAGUUUCAGCUGCAGCUCUGACAGAAACUUUCUUCUUUUCUUUCAAACACCAGGAUGUAAGUCUGAUGGCUCUUCUAAAUGGAGUGGUCUGAAUGCUGCUUCUUCUAGGUCUACAGAAAGUAGAAAUUCCAGUUCAAGGAAACCUGAGCAGUUAAAUCAAACCACAAACAGGUGGUCUCUUCCCAGCAUUCCCAGCAUUUCCAGCAUUUUCAAGUCUCCAACCCCAGUGGUGAAGGUCCACUACACUCCUACCAGUGAUACGUUUGGUGCUGAUGCUGCCAUAAUGAAACAGUUGCAGAACAACUUGAAGUCAUCAAUGCAGUUGGUAGAAACAACCAAGAACUGCAGCGUCAUCAUCGUCGUCUGUCCAGUCAUCCGCAGUUUUGAAUCAGAAAUAAGGUCUGCCAUGGAAAAGGAAGCAGUCUCAUCAUCUGGUAAACCAUUCAUUCUGGUUCUGAUGCAUCACACCAGAGACCCGGACUAUUCCACUGCAGGAUGUGACUGCUUAGAAAUGCUGAAAAAUGUGUUUUAUGUCCAUGUUUUUUACCAUGAGACUGAAAAAGGACUGCUGAGAUGUAAUCAAAAUGCCAUGGCAAUCAAGGACAUUGAAAAAAAUCUGCAAACCUACGAGCAAUAGAUAACGUUUGCUUUUUGUGGUAUAUCAGUCUUGUUUUAAUUAUUUUCUUAUCUCAAAUACAUUUCUGCAGAUACCAUAAUUGCAUGUCAUCAAUUACUAAUGGAAUAAGGAGGAAAAACUUAGAAUUACUGAGUUUCUGACUGCAAACAAAUAAUUUUUCUUCCAGUUGUUUUCAGUUCUGUUUUUUUCUGAAUAUGUUUCACUCUUACAGAAUGUAUUUUACAGCAAACUACAAGUUUUUUUUAUUUCACCUAAGUUUCAGGGCUGAAACUAAUCGGUAAAAAUAAAAGAAAACAAUAACAGAAGACAAACAGAUGUACAGGACAUUUUCUGUUCUGGGUUUGUUCAACAGUCAACUUCAUGCUGUAAGACUGCAGUCAGUUUUUUUCUCAACAUCAUACUGAGAAACUUUGAAUGUUAUGCAGAUUAAGGAAAUAGAAAAGGUGGAAAUAAAUGUAUUUCUAUCAGAUUAAGAGGAUGAGAUCUGAUUGUAUGAAUUUUCAUUGCAGAUGUUGUUACUGGAACAUAUCACCAAUAAGUGUCAUGUUUAAUGUUCAUUGGUUUGAUUUCUACACCUUCACUGUGAGACAAAAACAUCACAGAAUAAAACUGAAGAAUCUGCUGUUUCA